ACAGCCUUUCCAAAAAGAAAAGACAAUGAAGCUUAUACUUAUACCCGUUGUGGCUUGCAUUUUUCAGAUUGCUUUUUCAAUUAGUCUUCCCCACACUUUUGGUUCCGAAUUAACAAGCAUAAACCAGCAAAGCAAUACCAACAUCCAUUUAAUCAAAAGAAGAUCCAAGCCAAAAAAAAGCUCACACAAAAAUAAGACAGACUGUAGUAAGCGAGCAUGUUCCUUAAAAUUGAAGCCUUGCCCGAAAAAGUGCCCGCAAUCCUGCGGGUAUAUAAAUUCGCCUGACUCAUGUUGUCCUCUUCUUGGCACUCCUGUUUGUCCCAAAUACUAAACAUAGUUGUAUCCAUAAACCAAAAACAAGCUAGUUUAAAAAGAGCGAUAAACAAGCAAGAAUUGCUCCUAAACCUACCAUACUCCAUUAUUAAGAUAAUGAGAUAAUAGAAGAAGUGAUAGAAGUAAUGUAAUACUUACAAGAUCAUAUUGUAUACUUUGAUUGUACAGUAAAUAUAUAUACUUCGACAUUUCAAUACUUAUAGUUGCCCGACCUUUAUUCUCAUUAAACCCUAUUCCAAAUCUUACAC